AUGGGAAUUGAGAUUUUUUUCUGUGAAGGAAAACUAAUUUGCGUUCAAGUCCUAUUGCAUCUUCUUAUAUUUUAGUUCAAUUUAAAAACAAAAUAAUUUGAUAACAAUCAGAAAGUAAAUUCUAAAUCAAGCAAAUAAUGUAACUCAUAAUUUCCUUAAAAAUGGGUUACAUUAAAAUAGAUUUUGGUAAGUAAAAAUGGAAGUUUUGUAAAUCUUAUUAAAUUUGAUGAGAAUUGGGAUUAGUCAAUUGAUUUUAGAAAAGCGUCAAUUUAUGGCAUAGUGUCAGAAGUUGCUGAAGAUAUGAUUACUUGGGAUUAAAAAUCUUUAGAAAUCUAAGUUAGAUAAUAUAUAAUUGAGAUUAAGUGA